UUGUGCGAUUACUAGCAAUCUUGCUUCUUGUAUCUCAUAUUUCAUGCUCAUAUCUUGCAAGUAUUGAAUGUUCUUUUGACCUCAUUGCCUCGGAUAUCUACAUACAUCGUAGCAGUACACAUAUUUUCCCCCACCCACCCGGCAAUCAUUUGAACAACACCUCCUCGUCUUGACAUUUCAAAUAUCCAAAUCACAAUGCCAAUACCACCACAAACACCGAUUAUCGUCGGCGUCGGAGAUGUGAUAAAUCGUUCCCUGCAGGUUGAAGAUGCGAUUGAACCAUUAGGACUUAUGCUGCAAUCUCUGGAGAAGUCGUUUUCAGAUACCGGAAUAUCCCAUGAUCAAGAAAAGUUGGGAAUAAUGAAAGGAAGUGUGGAUGAUGUGAGAGUGGUAAGGAACUGGACAUGGCCGUAUGUAGAUGUGUGUCAGAGUGUAUUGGAUGGAAUUCUGGGCGAAGAAAAGAGGGGGAAUGGUAAUUUGGGAAAGAAAGUGUAUAAAGAAGAAUCAGAACACGGCGGAAAUUCGCCGGUGAAGAUGUUGGAUGAAGCAUGUCAGAGGGUGGGAAGGGGAGAGUCGAAAGUGGCGAUUGUGGUUGGGGGAGAGGCAUUGGGAAGUUUGAUUGCAUCCGCAUCAAAGACCGGUACAUACCCCUCGCACUGGACACCGCCAGCCGGCGACCCAAGAAGAAUUUUGGCUUUGCCGAACGGCGUUGAGACUCUAGGAACAAUCCAUCAAGUUGGGCUCCCAAUACAUGUUUACCCGCUAUAUGAAAAUGCAUUUCGAGCCCAUCGUCACCAAUCCCAAGCAGAGAACAAUGCUGAAUCUGCAAAAUUAUAUGCCCAAUUUGCUGCUGUCGCAGCUGUGAAUGAAUUCGCUUGGAAUAAAGAUUCGGCGCGCAAGUCAAGCGAAGAGAGUAUCGGAAAGGUAGGGAAGGGGAAUAGAAUGAUUUGUUGGCCAUAUCCCCUCCUAAUGAAUGCAUUCAACAACGUCAAUAUGGCCGCAAGUUGCAUCAUCACUUCUGUUUCUUUUGCUGCCGAGCUGGGAAUUCCAGAAAAUAAAUGGAUAUAUCCAUUAGGUGGUGCUGGGAUGCGUGAGAAGGACAAUUUUUGGGAGAGACCGAAUUUCUAUUCUAGUGAAGCUUUGGAGACAUCACUCGAUUCGGCAUUGAAUAUUUCGGGCUUGGAGACGAAGGAUAUAGAUAUCUUUGAUUUUUACUCAUGUUUUCCAAUAGUCCCGAAAAUGGCUGCUCAUCACUUGAAGAUUCCUUUUUUGGAUCCUCCAAGACCAAUCACUUUGUUGGGGGGCUUGACAUUUUUCGGUGGUGCCGGGAAUAAUUAUAGUCUACAUGCAAUCACUGAAAUGACGCGGCAACUUCGUAAUAAAAGAGGUCAAAUCUCUAAUCACAAGAAUACUGGAGUUUCAAACGGUCUUAUUUUAGCAAAUGGAGGAGUAUUGACAUAUCAGCACGUUGUAUGUCUAUCCACGCAACCAAAGAGUGACGGAAAUAAAUAUCAAGAUGAAAAUCCUUGCCCAAACAUCGUACAGAGUGUUACUAGUGAUGAAGAAGAUGGCUUGGAGAUUGUUGGUCCGGAAGGGGUCAAGAAAGGAGUAUGGGAAGGGAUAAUCGAGACAUACACAGUACAAUUUUCAAGGAAAAAUGAGCCUCAAACUGGAUUUGUGGUCGGGAUAUUGAAGCAGACAGGAAAGAGAUUUCUAGCAAAUGUUGCAAAUGACAAAACAUUGGGCAAUUUGGUCAAGGAAGGUGAAGUAGAGAUCAUUGGGAAGAGGGGCUGGGUAUGGAAGGAAGAGAACGGCAAGCGAAACUUGUUUGGGUUUGAGAGGGGAGCUAAUCUGUGAUUGACGAGAUUGAGAAGAUAGAGUGCCGUAGGAAGUAGAUCAAGGGAAAUUUUGUUUGGGUCGAGGAGAGGAUUAGAUUGUGAUUGUGAUAUGAAGAGGCUUAACAAUCCGGGAAGAUAAUUCGUGAAGAUCCACCAAUUGCGAUACGGGUGUGAAAAUGAUUGGAUGUUUCGUAAAGAAAAAUCUCCGGGUUUUCAAGGUGGAAACAAUUCGACGGCUGAAGGUCAAUUUUGAAUAGUCGGAAUAUUCUCAAGAAGCAUAUCAAUGAUAGACAUGCGGACACUCCGCAAUCAAGACAAUAUCGAUGAUAUCCGCGAAUAUUGCAUCAAUAUGCCAAGCACUGAUUGAGAUUGAGGAUACGGAAGUCACUGGCGUCGUAUUUCCUUGAAGCUAUCGUGGAGUCAUCUGGACUCGGAGACCCGAAAGUGGCGUCAGACUAGCUUUGUACUCAUAAGUAAAGGAGGAUUCUUGGCUAUGUGCUUUGCCGGCUACCGGGAAACCAUGUUCAUGGGGAUCUGAUAAGGCUGCCGUCGAGUGAUUCGGAUAUGGAUCCGAGCUUGUCAAACUAAUUCUGUGCUCAGAUAGCAAGGGAACAGCCUGAGCUGUCCUGCUUAUUGAAGCCUUUUUCGACGAGGAUCUCGAUGCAUAUCCGAAGAUAUGGUAUCAUGCGCUCUCGAUACUCAUCUGGGAUACCAGAAUCACCCAUAUCAACUUUUCUCUGAGCCCAUUUUGAAGCCAUCCAGAUUGGGACCCGAACCUGUCAAACCAGUUUUGUACUCUCAAGUAUGGAUCAGGGAUCCUGGAUUGUGCUCUUCAACCCAGUGUCAAGCUCCCGUGUCCAAAGAGGAUCUCGAUGAAAGAUAUCUACAAAUCUGAUAACCUUGCCGGUCGCCAGCCAUCAGAGGAGAUUGACAAACGCCAUGGAUUGACCUUUCUUUUGAAGCUAUCGUGAAAUCAUUCCGUCUCGGAUCAGAUCCUUCUGUCAAACCAGUUUGGUGUUCAGAUUAAGACAGAUAACGCGGGACUGUACUCCUCCGCAAAGAGAUUCGGCACUCGGUACCCUAUCCACGGAUAUUAUCUAGAUUUGAAUCAGAUACAGAUAUUGAAAUCGGCGAAGUAAUGAGGGGAAAUCUCUUGGAUAUAUGAUCUCAAACCCCCUUUAUUACUGAUAGAGCUGAUAAAACAUAUGUGUGUAAACAGUCUUUUGACGUUGUAUUUCAUCGUGACACUGG